UGUACAUCCAAGACUCUCCAAGACUGCGCAACGGCGUCCCUAGCAGGCUAACGACAAGCUGUACUCCCCAGUGCAAAACAUGACACUCGACGACAAUGCAUGGUCAUUUUCACAGCCACUAUCCAUAAAAGGCAGGCGUAGUGAGACCCCCUUCCCUGACAGUACUACGCGACGUGGCUGCCACCAUUCCGAGCCUAACUUGCUACUGGUCCACAUGCCAACAUAAGCCCUAGCUCACACUUUUAACGAUUGACCACGAGUACGUUCCAUUAGCCAUGGCUACUCACGAGCAAGAACACGACGAACCACCUCGCCCUUUUUCCAUCGAUCUCAGCUUAGAACUCGAGCGCCAACUCGACAAUGAAUCAAACCCGAACUCGCCCGUAGAUGCCACAGGACGUCCUCAUUCUCUGGAUUCGCAUGUCCUUGCUUCAAUCGUCACUCAACUGAGAUUGUCACUCGCAGAUGUUACAAGAGAGCGAGAUGAGCUCUCAAAAACAGUUAUUGAAAUGCGGACUUGCGAGGCAGGAACUGCGGACAUGCUUGAGCAUAUGACGGAAAAAUGCUCGAAGAUGCAGGAGGAACUGGAUGGUGCUCGUACAAGGAUUAAGGAUGACGAAGACACGAUAUCCAUACUCAGGACGAAAGUCGAGGAAAGCAGGCGUGGCCUCAUGCGUCUACAGUCUGAAAAUCGACGGGCGAGUCAAGUACCCUCAGCUCUUGACUUGUCUAGAGCGGGUAUUCCUUCCUUCAAUGGCCCACCGUCCUCUAAGCGUGCAUCAUUAAUUGGAUCCACGACUGGGCGUAACAAUACCCAUAAACGAAUAUCAUCGGUCUCCGACAACCCCCUCGACAGCUCUCAUUUAGCAUCCCCUAUUCCCACUCCAACUCCCGCGACUUUCACCCUUCCUGAUGUGCAGAAAAGCAGGUCCCAACAGCCUUCUCACACGAGGAGGAUGUCUGGCAUGCUCGGUCGUGGGUCACCGCCGCAAUCUCUUUUCCCUUCGGAAGAGUCUGCCGAGUUGGAAAUGCUGCGCCGGGAACUCAAUGCUGUGAAGGCUGAACUUGAUGACGUGAAGCAUGAGCUGAGUGAAACAAAUGAAGCUCGUGAAGCAUCAGACACUUGCAUCAAAGCUCUACGGGAAUUCAUUGAAGAGAAUCAGGUUGGAGCUGUGCCAAAGGGUCUUCCCCCUUUGCCCGCAGAGGUGAAAAAACCAUCACCGCCACCACCACCAGCUGCUGCUGGGUGGGGAUUCAAACUCUGGCGAGCAGAUUCUUUGACGCAGAAUCCUGUGUUGGCCUCUCCAUCCCCUGUCGCACCCGCCAUCCACACUGUAUCACCAUCCUUAUCAUCGCUGACGCCCCCUGUUCCUCUCUCCAAAAAACUGGGCGACUUCUUCGGUACUCGUGCCCCGGCAGUUACUGCUUCUAAAACGUCACAACGCGUUGAACAAGAGCCAGUGUACAAUGGCAUGUCUGAUACGUCGUCCAUCGAGGAUUCUGUAGUCGAGCCCAUCAGCCCCGCAAGCGAGCGUCCCCGACCAACUGUAUACGUACGAGAUACUACUAGCGUGACAUCCGAGUCAUCACGCGAUCUUGGCAAUCUCGAGGGAAAGCUACCUCCCCCAGGUGCUGAUGGAACCUUAUCUCCUGUUGCCAUUUGAUUAGUGUACUAUAGGCGUUUCUGAUCUGGCUCUUCAUGAGCCCUCCCUACUAGACAUUCGAAUUCGUUUUCUAACCUCGAACCCAGUUCGGACGGGGAUU